CGAAUUUAGCGCAUUGCACUCAAAAUUAAAAGUCAAUCAUCAAUCUAAUAUGCAUAAGCUGGGCGUCAUAACGGCCACAUGUCAGGCGCAAUGCUGUCGCUUCCUGAGUCUUUGUCGCCAUCUAAGCACAGCUGAUGCGAGCAGCGAAAUGGUUCCCAUACCAAAGGCAGACCAGCUGCAGCAGACGGAUGCGUACGAGGAGUCUGAGUCUAGAGUGCGGAAACGUAACUUGGUAACCAGUCAUGUGCUGAGUCAGUGCCGCUACCGUCGAAAGCCCCUCGAGGUCCCCACCGUGGUAAACACCGAGGAGAUCUACACCAACGAUACCCAGACGGUUACUUAUCCGCAUGAGCACAAUGUGUGUCUGGCACGGGUCUAUUACGCCAAUCGCUGCCAAAUAGAGAGCGCCAUCAAAUCCGCCCUGGCUGCCCAGGGUGCUUGGAGCCUCGUGCCGGCAUCGGAACGUCUGCAUAUUUGGCGUAAGGCGGCAGAUCUAAUCGAACUGGAGGCUCCAUAUCUCAUUGCGCACAUUGUGCUGGGGCUGGGUAGGACUCUUAUGGAUGCCAGCAACGAUGUACGACGUCUGAUAUCGACGUUGCGCUCCAAUGCCGACUAUAUGGAGCAUUUGUCGCUGCUACGUUUCGAGAUCCAUUGUGACAGCAAUGUGUUUCCCAAAUUUCAGUUGCGUCCCAUGGAUGGGAUUGUGGCAGCAAUGGCCUCCUUUGAGUCUGCGUCCAUGUCGGCCAAUUUGGCGCUGUGUCCAGCUCUAAUGGGCAAUACGGUGCUGUGGAAUCCUGCCCUGGAGGUGGCACCAGCCAGUUAUCUCAUCUAUCAGGCCUUUAAGCGUGCCGGUUUACCCAAAGGUGUCAUAAACUUUGUGCCCGCCAACGAGCGCCUGUUCCUCAACACCAUCACCGACGCCACACACUUUUCGGGUCUCAACUAUCAUGGCGAUGCUGAGAAGUAUCGUUAUAUUUUCAAGCUAGUGGGCGACAAGAUGCAUAAUUUCAUCUGCUUCCCACGUCUAGUUGCCGAAUGCUAUGGAAAGAACUUUCACUUUGUGCAUAGCAGUGCCAAUGUGAAGCAUGUUUGCUCCUCAAUUUUGGAGGCUGCCUUCACUUUUGCGGGACAAAAUGCGAAUUCUUUGUCGCGCAUCUAUGUGCCUUUAUCUAUGUGGCCAGAGCUAAGGAAACGUCUGCAAGAAUCCGUCAAGAGCUUGAAAAUGGGCGAUCCUGCCAUGCCUGAAACCCAAAUGGGACCGGUUAUCAACAGGGAGGCUUUUACGCGACUAAAGCAGCUUAUAGAACGCUCCAUAAAUGCUUAUAAGUUAGAUUUUGUGUGUGGCGGAGUUUGUGAUGAUACAACGGGCUAUUUUGUCCAACCCACCAUAGCGGUGGUUACCGAUCCUCUCAGUGAGCUGCUUAGUCAGCCAAUCUUGGGUCCGUUCCUGCCGGUUUUCGUGUACGCUGAUGACUCCCUUAACGAAGCUUUAAGGUUGGCUGCACACCAAUCAAAGUAUUCGUUGUCCGGUUCAAUUUUCGCUUCCAAGGACGAAGUAAUCUCACACUGUCUGACCAAUCUGCGCAUGUCCGCCAGCAAUUUGUAUGUCAACGAGCGUUGCACUGGAAAUUUACGUGGACUGACGCCUUUUGGAGGAAAUCGACUGUCCGGCACAAACGAUAAAUCGGGAUCGGCUUACUUCCUGAUGCGUUGGAGUUCGCCACUGCUUAUUGAGGAAACCAUCAACCCCAUCGAAAGAUAAAGAAUUGUAUAUACAUAGAUAUAUUAUGGAGUUUUCACUGAUUCCUCAUGUCUAAUAUGAGAUAUAUAAAAGUAA